AGCUAUCGACAUAAGCAGAUAUAGUUAAAACAGAAAUGUUAUAGGGACACAAACCCCCAACAAAAAUACAACACAUCAAGGGUACAUUUGUCAUUUUGCUCAUCAAAUGAUGUCACUUUUCUUUUAUUUUUUAUCUAUUUCUUUACCACAGGCAGAAAGAGAAAGAAGAACAACUUGCUCUCACCAUUCACCACCCCUCUUCUCCCUCUCUCUGCUAAACCCCUCUUCUCCCUCCACCACCAUUCAUCGAUGCCACCGAUCUCCCUCCACCACCAAACAAUCAUACCGCCCCUAUUCUCCCUCCAUGCCGUCAAUGCUUCUUCAUAACUCGACCCCUCUCUCUCUUGCGAUUUUGAGAAAUCAAAAGGUUUGUUUCUUCUCCUUGUUAGGGUUUUAGAUUUAAUUUUUUGUUCCUUUCAAGUUUAAGAGUGAACUAGUAACUUUGGCCUUCUUGUAAGCCUAGGAACUCAUUCUUCCAUUAAUUAAUGAGGUUUCAAUUUUGUGUAAUCGGUCUGUUCUGUUUUUUAUGUUUAUAUUAUUUGAAAGGAUAAAAGGUUUUGUGUUUUGGUUCAAGCAAUAUUAUUUGAAACCAUAAUCAGUUUGUUCUGUUCUGUUUCAAUUUUGUAUGUAAUAUUUGUUAAAAUCUAAUAAUUUCAUGUGAACCUCUUUUCAAUGUUAUUGGUGGAACAGGGCGGUGGUGAGUGAGAUUAUUGAAUGAAAACAAUUGUUUGAUCUACAAGUGACCACACUGGUUUGGGAAUUUGGAAUCAUUUAUCAAUUUUGUUGAUUUUUAAUUUUAUUUCUUUGACCUUGUUAUUCUGGUUUUCUUACAAUGCUAAUGUUUAUUUGGGAUAAAGUUGAUUCCUUGGCUAUUACACGGACACGAAACUAACACGUAGACACCUAUAAUAAUUUAAUAAAAUUAGUUGAAUGUAAAUACAUGUAUCUGUGUUUUGUCGGUGUCCAAGACCGACACAUUUCAAACAAUGGAGGUGCCGUAUAUCUAGUUAACAAGUCAAUCUGUUGUAAAAAUUGGUUGGGUAGAAGACAAACUUGUGAGUUGAGUUGUGAUUUAAUGUUUGCUUUUGAUUGUUUUUGCUUUUGGUUAUUGUUGAAGACACAUCUGUGGUAGUAAUAGCCAACUCUUGCUCAGGAAUAGUAACAAUGGAAUACUACUCGAGAGAGUGAAAGAGGGAAUAAUCAGAGAGAUGAGAUAAGAAAUUGGUUGUUGAAAUAUUGGAUUACUAUUAUUUCAUUUUCCAUCAGGGCUAGUAGCAAAUUAGUUACAACAACUUACUACUCUUUGCCACAGUAAAGGAAAACUAGCACUAACUAGCCACCUCAUCUUCUAGAAGUUAAAAGAUAAAAGGAAUGGCUAAAUUAUAAAUUGCAAAUAUCUAAAACAAUUGAAGUGAAAUUAAGGUUUAUUUUAGAUAAGUAACAUUGUAAUAAUAAAAUUAUAAUCUUGUAGGGAAGUAAAUUUUGAUGAGGGUGAGCUUACAGAGAAAGGUUAAUCAUUGGUAUGUUAUUUGCAUUGUGUAUUGUACUUAUGUUGUAGUAGUGGAGUAAGAGUUACAAUAUUGUGUGGUUUACUUCAGUGCUGCUAUUUGUUUCUUCGGAUAAGUAGAUUCGGUGAUUUGUUGUUGUUGUGUGGAAUUGGCAGCCUUAGUUAUUAGCAGUGCGAUUUUAUAGAAAAUUACAGUUUCAUUUGUUAGAUUACAAGUUGUUGUCAAUGUGCAUGUGUUUAUCCUUCUCCAUUGUAGUUGCUGAAUCAAUCGGUAUUUUGGAUGGGAGAGUUAUAAGAUGUUUAAUGAAUCAUUGGUUGUCCAAGAAAGUUUACUUUGUGAGAUUUUGUGGAGGUUGUUCUCCGGUGCUUUGUGCAUUUGGCGUGGAUUUGCGGAGGCGUUAUCUUUGUAUGAUGCAGCUAUUGCAAUUGAUCCUAAAAAGGCUGCUUAUAGAAGUAACAGAAGUGCUGCUUUAACUGCUCUUGGUAGGCUUCUUGAAGCUUUGUUUGAAUGUAGGGAAGCUAUUCAAAUUGAUCCUCAUUAUCAUCGAUCUCAUCAUCGUUUAGGAAGUUUGCAUUUUAGAUUAGGAGAAACAGAUAAGGCCCUUUAUCAUUAUAAACAAGCAGGGCCAGAGGCUGAUCCUGAUGAAGUUGCUAAAGUGAAGAUUCUUCAAGCUCAUUUAAAUAAGUGCACCGAGGCUCAAAGGGUAGGAGAUUGGAACAAACUUGUGGUCGAGACCUCCAACACUAUAUCAGCUGGUGCAGAUUCUGCUCCACAGGAAAAUGUCAAAAUCAAGCACCCUCAAUUGUUGACGAACAAAGGUUUCACAACUCAAAGGCAAAAUAGGCAUUGGGACUACUAUCAAGAAUUUGAAGUUUUUCAUUGGCAAAGGAUAAAUACAAAACGAUGGGAGUUGGACUAUUUGGAAGGCUAAAAAUGGUACUGUUUUUGCUAAUGUAGUGAAGGACCUUUAGCAAACGGGUGUUUUUUAAUGGUGUUGCUGUGUUUCUUUUGCUCGUGCUUUAGUGCAAUGCUUUUGGAGUGGAUGUUGGCUACAUUCCAGGGUGUUUGGAAGUUGUUCACUAGCUUUGAUUUUGUUGAGAACUGCAUGUAUCUGUUGGCCUUCUUGUGCGCUCCAGGGCUUGCAAGGUUAUUUUUUGGUUUUGUGCUUGGUGGUAUGUUGACUGUGUAUCUCGUCAGUUUGUGUGGGAUGCUUUUUGUUUUGGUUGAAGCUAUUUUAGAGUUUCUAUCUUAGUAUUUUGGUUUGUGCUAAUUUUUGUAACAGGGAAGAGUUUCAUUAACAUAUAAUUUUGUUUUAACUUUAUCUUCUAUAAACAAUCAGAAAUGUGUCUCAUGUACAAUUUCACUA